UUCAUGUAUAGAAGGUACGUUUCAGUAUAAAAGACGUUUUUUAAAAUCAUAAUUUUGCUUAAUUAUAAUUGUACAAUAUGAAGAUUUUAAUACCGUUCAUCAUCAUCGCAUCAACCUAUGGCGCUAAUAAUAACUUCCUAAAUCUCGUCAAGAGCUACGGUAAUUCAUCUACAGAAGAUAUCGAAUUCGCAACCAACGCCAGAUAUGAUUUCAUCGUCGUGGGAGCUGGAUCGGCAGGUUCUGUACUAGCUAAUCGUCUGUCAGAGAACAAAGGAUGGAAAGUUCUCCUAUUAGAAGCCGGAUAUUCGCAAAGCGUACUUAAUGAAGUUCCGAUACUGGUCGGUUAUUUCCAAUUGACUGAUUAUAACUGGAGAUAUAAAGUGGAACCUCAGAAGAACGCUUGUUUGGGGAUGAUAAAUCACCAAUGUUCCUGGCCGCGAGGUAAAGCUUUGGGCGGUACGAGCACUUUAAACUAUAUGAUCCAUACACGCGGGAACAAGUUGGAUUACGAUAAAUGGGCUAGUUUGGGCAACGUGGGGUGGUCCUACGCGGAUGUUCUUCCGUAUUUCAAAAAAAGUGAAAAAUUUAAUGUACCAGGUAUCAAGAACUCUUCAUAUCACAAUGAAAACGGUUAUUUGUGUGUGGAACGCGUGCCAUAUCAUACGAAACUGGCGACGGCGUACUUAGAAGCUGGUAAAGAAUUGGGAUAUGAAAUUGUGGAUUACAAUGGCCAGGAUCAGAUAGGUUUUUCGUAUCUUCAGGUAAAUAUGGAUCAUGGAACGCGAUACAGCGCUGCUAAGGCUUAUCUUCAGCUGAAUCGGUCGAACUUGGAAAUCAUCACCGGUGCUAGAGUAGUCAAAGUAUUGAUCAAUGCGGACAAACGUGCAUACGGUGUUGAAUAUGUCAAAUACAAUGUGCGGAAGAAAGUCAUUUGUUCGAAGGAAGUUUUACUAUCCGCCGGUACGAUUGAUUCAGCCAAAUUGCUAAUGUUGUCAGGAAUUGGACCUAGAGACCAUCUGGAAGAAUUAAACAUUCCAGUGAUUCAGGAUUCCAAGGUCGGUUACAACAUGUAUGAACACGUCGGUUUUUUGGGGCUGACUUUCAUGGUAAAUCGAAGCGUGUCAUUACUGCAGAACAAACUCCUAAAUCCCAGCGUAUUUUUGGAAUACGUCCUGCAUAAGGAAGGAUUAAUGACGAUUCCAGGAGGUGCCGAAGCACUGGCAUUCAUCAGAACUAAGUACGCUCCUGACGAGAAACCGGAUGUCGAGCUUCUCUUUGUAUCUGGCUCUCUGCAUUCGGACAAUGGUAAAGUCGUGAGAAAGGCUUUAAGAAUCUCAGACAAUGUGUACAACACUGUCUUUAAGCCUAUCGAAAAUCAAGAGGCCUGGUCGAUCUGGCCCAUUAUUCAAUAUCCUAGAAGCGUCGGUCGUGUUACGUUGAAAUCGAAGAAUCCGUUCGAACCACCCAAUAUGAAUCCAAACUUUCUCAGUCAUCCAGAUGAUAUAGAAAUCAUCCUAGAGGGAAUAAAACACAGUAUCAACAUAGCAAAGACUGAAGCCUUUCAAGCUUACGGCAGUCGAUUACACGAUAUAAAAAUACCAGGCUGUGAAUCAUUUAAAUUUGCUUCUGAUGAUUAUUGGCGUUGUGCAAUUAAGCAUCUACCAUCCAUGAUGAAUCAUGAGAUCGGAACCGUCAAAAUGGGACCCCACACGGAUGCUUACGCAGUUGUUGAUCCACAACUAAGAGUAUAUGGUGUUAAGGGAUUGAGAGUAGUAGACGCUGCGAUUAUGCCCACGAUACCUUCUGGUCAUGCGAAUGCAGUCAUUUAUAUGAUCGGCGAGAAAGCCGCGGAUAUGAUCAAAGAAACUUGGAAAAGCACAUUAUAAAAAAAAAAAACACGCUAAGUACAUAAAAAAUAUUCCAACUACUGUGCAACAAAAAAUUUGAAAAAAUAAAAACAGAUCAAUACAACUAGUGCCAAGUAUAGUCAAUUAUAUGCUUAAUUAUUUAUGAAUUCUUUAUAAAUUUCAAUAAAUAUUAGUUAAAGUUAAGUAUCAUUUAUAAGAUAUUCUCUAUCUCUCAUCACAAAUAAAAGAGUCAUGAAAGUAACAUGAGUUCAACCCAGUUAUAACUAAUGUUUCUAAGAAACAUUUCUAGAUUCCAUUUAAAAUCAAAAAGACGAUGCUUAUCUUUCUCUUGUUUUACUUUUCCGAUGUCGUCUCUAUUUCGCGCAAAUGUGACGCAAGCGUGUUCCCAUUUUCUGCUUCUUAUAUGUAUUUUCUGAGAUUUACAUGCGAAUUUGAAAUGCGUCAUUGAACAACAUCCUACGUUUUUGCGAUAUCAUCUUCGCAUGGAGCGGUUUCUCGUAAAUCUAUAUGUAUAU